CAAAUAAAGAAACAAAAAUCGGUUACCAUAGCAACGCACUUUGUUAUUUCGCCAACGCGGAAUUUCACUUCUGUUUUUGUGUUCAAGUUUUUAGAGUAUUUUGAGAUUGUUAAAAAAUGUUGAAAUUACAGAUAGCCAACGACCAAGAUCGUAAGGAGGCACAGAAUAGAGAGAGGAGGAGACAGUGUGAGCUCGAGAGGAGAUCCAGAAUCUUCAAUGCGAGAAACAGGAAGAUUGGGGUGGACGUCCCGUUCUUGGAGCGUCAGAUAGCCGAGAAGAAAGCUGAGAGAGAUGAGCAAAAUCGAAGGGACCUCGCCUUUGCCAAGCAGAUGAUCAAGGAUAGCGAUCUCGCUGUUAUAUUGGAAGGCAGAGAAAAGGAGGAGCGUCGUCGCGUCGGCGUGGAAAUCGACUCAUUCCGCCAAAAGUACCAGCGGUUUGAAGACCGUCGGGAGUACGACCUCAACGACCCUGAGGUUCUGAAGAAGCAGCUGCCUCCCAGAGCCGGUGAUGGUGAACCUGUUGGACUGGCCAGCGCUCAGAAAUUCGAAGGAGAAGAUUUGGACUUCGAUGAGCGCAAGAAGAUCAUGGCUCAGCAGAAGAAUUCUUGGCUCGAGCAGCAAGUGCAGGAGCGAAAGGCAGCUCAGGAGGAGAGGAAGAAAGCAGAAGCUGCUUACAUGAUGGCGAUCAAGGCUCGUGAUCAUCGUGCUGGAGAGCUGGACAAAUUAGAGCGCGAGUGUCGCUACAGACUCGGACAGGCUAACCUCAAGUACAAUGAAGCUUUGGCAGCAGAAAAGAAGCAACUGGAACUGAUAAUCAAAGAACAAGAGGAAGCCGACAACACAGCCGAGAUGUACAACAACCUCACUUCUGACAUGCUCACUGAAAACCCUGAUGUCGCCAAGAGUGCUCUCGGGAAAAACAGAGCGAUUGGCUUCAUGUACAAGGGUAUGAACCAAGAAGAGCUCAAAAAGUUUUACGCCGCACAGAAAGAACAAAUGGCUGCUGCUAAGGCGAAACGCGACGCCUACGACAAGAUGGAAGCAGAAUGGCAAGCCUUGGCCAAGUCCAUCCAACACGAAGUUGCACGCCAAGAUAUUGCCGACCAGAGGAAGAGAAGGGAGAUCGCCCGCCAACUAAUGGAAGAGAACCAACUCCUGGCAUUACAGCAGAAGGAGAAAGAGAAAUACUUCAGAGAAGUGGUGUACAACAACACUCCCACUGACGAAUAUUACGCUCAGUUCAAUACCACUACCAGAUAAAAUGUUACCAGUAACCCUUCGGGGUUCAUGCACCCCACCAGAAAUGUGUUCAAGAUUCUUGUCUAGUUAAACAAGCUAAUUGAAAACCUCCUCUUUUUUGGGAAGUCGGUAAAAUCUGUUUGUCUAGUCUUCGUUAUGACAGACGGUUCAUUAGAGUGAACGUUCACUCCAAUGAACGAUGAAUUUUCACGAGGCUAAAACUCGAAUGACAAAAAAAUAUUGGUCAUUUAUACUUAUGGAAUAAAAUGAUAUUAAAAUAUUUGCCUGAAAUGUUUACCAUUACCAUAUUGAGUAGGUAUGAUAGGCUUAGAAUUUUCCUAUUUCUACUAUAUUCUUUAGAAUGUGUAAAAAAUAUACAUAUCAAAAUCUUUUGUUUAGAUGUCAUGUAGAGAAAAAGACAAUUUCAUAUAAAAAUAUUGGUUUAAAACGUGCACAACGUUAUGGUAGUAUUUUUCCAUUUAUUUUGCAAAAGUGAUACAUUUUGUGUAGCUAUUACCUAUGUACUUACGUUAUUUAAUAAACACGUUGCUUAUGUAUUGUUUUAUUUAAAAAUAAAUCACGUAACUAGUACAAGUGAA